AUGUUACACAACGCACCAGUAAUCCCCGAAAUCAGGAUAUACUCCCCGUCGGACAACGGCGAAAGAGAAUCAUCUGGAGAUGAGCAGGGAUGUCGGAUUUUUUUUGACAAUUCUGCCGUUUAUGCAGGACGGCCGUCGGAAAACGGCCGCGAGGAGAGUUUCACGACGCCGGAUGUUACCUCGCAACAUAUUGUGAAUGGAGUUUGUUACUUCGAUUUCGAGCCGUCGAAAGCAGUUCCUUGGCAGGGGAACUUCAACAUGCGCUCCCAGAAUCUCCAGGCGACGACAGGAUACCAGAAGGGAACUUCGAUCUCGAUGCACAAAGCAAGGGCGGGCUGCGUGACGUCAACCACCCGAAGUCUGGAGCUCUUGAGGGAGUACGUCCAGCCUCUCGUGAACAAUGAGAUCCGGCAGAUAAUGGAUAAGUAUCUGGCCGACUACUUCAAACCGGGCAUGGAAAAUAUACGAAUGAAUAAUGGCGAAAACUCCAUAUCGGAACAGCACCUCCAAGCCGUGUGUAGACAGAUGCUCGAGCACGCGAAGAAAAUAUUCGUAGUGUCACCUCAAAAUCGGAGCGAUCGGGCACUGAGUCCGCUGUCCGACCAGGAGUCCGGAAGGGCGAGUCCCUUGCUCGGGAGCGAUCUGCCAAAAAGACAUCAUCACAAUUCCAGAAGGAAUCGUAACUCGCCAAAUAGAACCUGUCCGUCGGACUCCGAGAGCGACGCCAGUCAAGCCCAUACACUAUAUGUACCAAAGAAAAAAUUAAACAAGACGAAAACUUGGUCCUGCGGAUCCGGACGCUCCACUCCUGCAUCUCGUUCUUCUUGCAAAUCCUCCGAAGCCGUGAAGCGGGAAGGACCUCGUUGGGAUCCGGCGCGAAUCACCGAGGAAACGCUUUUUGUGAUGGGUGCCAAAGCCAACAAGGCUUUGGGUUUGGGUGCUCAACGGGGUCGUCUCUACAUGAAACACCAGGAUGUCUUCCGAUAUUGCGGAGACGCCGAAGAUAAGCUUUGGCUAUACGAACAAGGACUCAUGCCGUCCGCCGGUGGCAGGGCGUUCUUGCUCUUAUUAGAAGACAUUCAACAUCUCGCCAACUCCGAGGAAUAUAGAGAUGCACCUGGAGUUGAGGUCGACGAUCUCGCUAGUUUCAAGGUUCCCGAGUUCAUGGUCAACAAAAUGCGCUCAAGUAUGCUGUCUCUCCGCACAGAUAUUCCGAAUGAAGGUGGUAAGAAGCGUAAACAUAAGAGUCCGGCUUCGGAAAGGUCCCACACGAGCUCUGUGAUCGAUUCCCUAUCAGGUGACCUUCAAAAAGGAUCCCCGUGUGCGUCCCCGCUGACCGCCGAAGAAGAAGUUCUCCCAGACGAGGAACCCGUCGAUCUUCAUGGGAGUUUAGCCCCGCGCGCUGAUGCUUCUCAUGACGAUGAAGAUGUGCGAGAUGAACCAAUGCUCACCGAGGAGCCGGUAGAAGAGCAGGAAAUAGCCUUCAUUGUGGAUAUCUGA